AUAUGUCAUGCGACUGUUGAACGCAUGUACAGUUCGAUUUUUCUAUUUAUAAAUUCUAACAUGGAACAAUCAUAAUAUAUGGUUGUGACAAGAAACGAAUAUGGAGAAGAUUUUAAGAGGUAUUAUGCGAUACCGCGUUUUAGACCGAGCUAGCAUGGUUAAGCAGUUUCAAGAAGUAAAAGACAAUCCAACGCCCAAAGCAGUAUUCUACACAUGCAUGGACAGCAGAAUGAUUCCUACUAGAUUUACUGAAACCAGUGUUGGUGAUAUGUUUGUUGUGAGAAACGCGGGCAAUGUCAUACCACACUCUCAACAUUUCGUUGACGAGAUGACCAGUUGUGAACCAGCUGCACUGGAAUUAGGUUGCAUAAUUAAUAACAUACGUCAUAUAAUAGUCUGCGGCCAUAGUGACUGCAAAGCAAUGAACCUUCUCUAUCAGCUCAGAAGUGAAGAAGCCUCCGAUAAAGAGCAAAGAAGAAUAUCGCCAUUGAAGUCUUGGUUGUGUACUCAUGCUGAGACAAGUUUGAAAAAAUUCCUUGAAAUGAAUGGCGAUUUUACGAAACCUAUGCUAUUCACUGCCGAAACACCACAGAGGAGAUUUGUCGCAUACAUAGAUCCAGAUAACAAAUUUUGCAUUGAAGAUAAACUAUCUCAGGUCAAUACAUUGCAGCAGCUUCAAAAUAUAGCAUCAUACGGAAUGUUAAAGAAACGCUUAGAAAAACAUGAUUUACAUAUACAUGCAUUAUGGUUUGAUAUUUAUACUGGCGACAUUUAUUACUUUAGUAGGCGCGCGAAACAAUUUGUAAUAAUUGAUGAAUCAACUUACGAAAUGAUUUUGUCCGAAGUCAGGAGAUUUUACUCUUAAUUAUAUCACAGAUUAAGAAAAUAAGAAUUAAACUCAAUAUAGUUAUAAGUUAAUUUGUUGUACCUACUAUCCUUAAAUUAUAGAAAUUUUAACGGUUUAUUUAUUAUUAUCUAACAGUGUCUUUAAUAUUAUUAGUACAAAAUAUGUAUUAUGGGUUGUCAAAUCGGGAUGGAUGUUUUAAAAGGUUUUGUACAUUUGUAUCAAUAAAUUUGUUUAUGUUUGUAUUAGAUUUAUUUCAAUGUCCAAUGUACCUGUAAGAGAAAGUGGCAAGAGCAAAUGCUUUACUCGUAUUUUCGGCUCAAUAAUCAGUUU